GACGAAAGAACCAAUCAACGUUCUCGAUACCUUUUAACGAACAAUCGUCCAUUUUGUCCCUCGUGUUUUGCAAGUCAAGGUACCGUUGGCUGACAAAGAUUCAAAAUGGCCGAUGCAGAGAAUGGACCUCAUGUAGAAACAACACCACAAGCCGAGGAUGAACCCACCAGUGAAGAGCCUAGCAGUCAAGGUGAUGAUGCAGGUCAGCCAGCAGUACUGGCCAGUCAGUUAAUGAGAGACCCAAUGAUGUUAGCAGCUCUACAAGAUAAACUAGGCAGCAUGGUGGGUGGUAGCUCCGGAUAUAUUCAGAGUUUACCAAAAGUUGUGAAGCGAAGAAUCAAGGCCUUGAAAAAAUUACAGUUUGAAGCAACAAAGAUUGAAGCAGAAUUUUAUCGUGAAGUACACCGUCUAGAAUGUGAAUAUGCUGCCAAGUAUUCUCCGCUCUUUGAUAAGAGAUCAACUGUAGUAACAGGAGAAUAUGAACCCAAUGAUGAGGAAGCAGACUGGCCCAGUGAUGAUGAAAAGGAAGAGGACUUAGCGAAAGGCACAGAUGAGCUUGCAUCUGGAGACACAAAGGAGGAGGUAAAGAACAAAGCAAAUAUUGAAGACAAACAAGAGGAAAAUGCAGAGAAAGAAGGGAAAGAUGAGGAGACGAAAGGCAUUCCAGGUUUCUGGUUGACAAUAUUUAAAAAUGUAGAUAUGUUAGCAGAGAUGAUCCAGCCUCAUGAUGAACCUAUACUCAAUCACUUGCAGGAAAUCAAAGUAGAAUUUAAAGAAAAAGACCCCAUGGGUUUCACGUUAGAAUUUUUCUUUGAACCAAAUGAUUAUUUUGAGAAUAAAAAGUUAACCAAGGAAUAUGUAAUGAGGUCUGAACCAGAAGAAGGGGACCCGUUCUCAUUUGAAGGUCCAGAAAUAAUCAAAUGUCAUGGGUGUAAGAUAGAUUGGAAGAAAGGAAAGAAUGUCACAGUAAAAACAGUGAAGAAGAAGCAAAAACAUAAAGCCAGUGGUACAACAAGAACUAUACAAAAAACUGUGCAAAGUGAUUCAUUCUUCAAUUUCUUUAGUCCGCCAUCACCUCCAGAAGAUGAAGAAAUGGAUGAAGACACAGAGGCACUACUAGCAGCUGAUUUUGAAAUAGGUCACUUCAUUAGAGAACGGAUAGUUCCUAGAGCGGUGCUGUAUUUUACAGGGGAGGCCCUUGAAAAUGAUGAUGAUGAUGAUUUUGGAGAAGAAGAGGAGGGUGCAGAGGAAGGAGAAUAUGAUGAAGAUGCUGAUCCUGAUUAUAAUCCUGGUGGCUCCAAAUAGAAUCAGUUUUGUAUCACACACAUCUGGAAUGUUAAUAGAAGGAGAAACCAGCUGAAUGUAAACAACAGUGAAGUGCCCUGUAUAUAUACGGACUAACAUUUCCUUCAUAAAACGUUACCAUCUCUUCACUCACAUCCUUUCCAGAGUUUUGGCACUUUGCCAGCCGAUCAAGAAACGGAUGCUUUUCACUAGAGUGUUUUGUUGCUAGGCAACUCGGAAACUAUACAGUUGUUCUAUUUUUCUGUGAUGUUUGAAUUUGCCUAGUUUAUAUUUUUUCAAAGCUUUUGAAAAUAAAUGCUACGGAGAUCAGUUCAUUCCUUACUGCGAAGAAGUUCAGGUCGUUAAAGAACAAGUUUGAAAGGACACCAUGUUUGAAUGUCCAGUUCAUAUAUAUUUAUGAGAAUCUGGUUUUAUAGUGACAAUUUGUUCAUAUUUUAAAGUAUAUAUAAAUGUUGAUAUGAAGGUAUAUUCUUGCUAGGGGUUGCAAAUGAAAUUAGAUGUGUCAUGGC